AAAUUUGCUUACUCAAAUUUUACAACGAGUAAAGAAAGGAAAAUAUAUUACAGCUUACUAUUUACUUAGAGCAAGAAUCAAUGAAGAAGGACUUUUAGUAAAUAUAACUAACGGAUUUGUGAUUGGACAAUCUACAGAAAUAAUAUGGAAAAGUUUUACACCUGCCGAAAAAA